UCCUCAUUCCAUAUCCCUUCUUGCUUAGCGCCUUAGCCCCUUCACGUCUUCACAAACAAUAUAAAUUUUAUUCCAACAAUGCAGAACCUCACCACUGCUCUGAUCUCCCACCAUCCCAACUCUCUCCAGUUAAUUUUCACGGCCAUCCUCCACCACCAUUACCUCAUCCCCUCCCCCUUCCUCCUCCCCGUCCUCCUCCUCUUCAUUUUCAGCCUCCUCGCCCUCGCCAUGUCCCGCCGCCCCCGCCCCAUCUACCUCAUCAACUUCUCCUGCUUUAAACCUGAAAACCAGUACAAAGUUACCAGAGAAACUUUUAUGAAACAGUUCAAAAGCAAGGGAACUUUCACCGAUGAGAGCGUGGGGUUCCAACGCCGGAUGCUGGAGCGUUCUGGCAUCGGGCAGGAAACUUACCUGCCCGAAUCUAUCCUCGGGACGCAAAUCAAUAUGUGCGCUGCAGCGGCAAGGAAGGAGGCGGCGAUGGUGGUGUUUGGAGCGGUGGAUGAGCUUAUGGCGGUCACCGGAGUGAGGCCCAAGGAUAUUGCUGUGGUGGUCGUGAAUUGUUCUGUUUACAAUCCUACGCCAACCAUGGCGUCGAUGGUUGUUAACAGGUAUAAGCUAAGGGGGAAUGUGAAGAGCUAUAAUCUUGCUGGAAUGGGAUGCAGUGCUGGAGUUAUAGCGAUUGAUUUGGCCAAGCGGCUGCUGCAGGUGCAUAGCGACAGCUACGCCGUUGUAAUAAGCACAGAGAACAUUACCCUCAACCCUUACUUCGGCAAUGACCGCUCCAUGCUCGUCUCCAACAGCCUCUUCCGCAUGGGCGCCUCCGCCGUCCUCCUCUCCAACCGCCGCUCCGAUCGCCACCGCUCAAAAUACCAACUCCUCCACUCCAUCCGCACCCACACCGGCUCCUCCCCUCGCUCCUACUCCUGCAUCUUCCAACAAGAAGACUCUUCCGACCACCUCGGAAUCUCCCUCUCCAAAGACCUCAUGUCCGUUGCCGCCACCGCACUCCGCACCAACAUCUCCUCCCUCGGCCCCCUCAUCCUCCCCUUCUCCGAACAGCUUCGCUUUCUUCUCGCCUUCCUCUCCUUCCGCGUCCUGCUCCAAAACAAAAAACAGAGUACCUAUGUUCCAAACUUUCGAAAAGCAGUCAAACAUUUCUGUAUCCACGCCGGAGGCAGAGCGGUGCUGGAUCAGCUGGAGAAGAGCAUGGGGUUGAGUGAGUGGCAUAUGGAGCCGUCGAGGAUGACGCUUUAUAGGUUCGGGAAUACUUCGAGUAGUUCUUUGUGGUAUGAAUUGGCGUAUUGUGAGGCCAAGGGGAGGAUAAAGGAGGGGGAUAAGGUGUGGCAGAUUGCGCUCGGAUCGGGAUUCAAGUGUAAUAGCGCGGUCUGGAAGGCGAUGAGGACGGUGGAGGGAUGCGGGGAGGUUGGGAGGAAGGGAAAUCCGUGGGUGGGGGAGAUUGAUCAGUUUCCGGUGGUGGUGCCGAAGGAAGUAGCGGUGGUUGCUUGAUGAUCAGUUAACUAAAGAGAACAAAAAAAAAAAAAGUAUUUGGAUCAGCCAAUUUCAAGAUGGACUAAUGAAAGUACGUUACAGCAAGAAAAAAAGUGUGAGAUUAUUUAAAGAGUGAUCAGGAGGAUUAACUUGAUGAGAUUAGUGUAAUAUUAAUUAUAUAUGUUUUAUAAUUGUCUUGAAAUAUAUCAAAAUACUUCGAGAUUGAUUCUGAUGAAA